AUGACGAACGAGUCCGAGCCAGCUCGCGGGACCUUGCCCUCUGACAAUGACCCCGAGGCUUCGGCUGCAAUAGCCGUAUCUCACUCUCAACCGGGUGGUCGUACACGUCCCACAGGCAUCACCUUCGACCACGAUGCGACGACCGACCCCCGUGAGAAUCGCGAAGGUCGCGAGAGCCGUAUUACCGGUCGUCUUCCACGGAGCAGCCACUCACGCUCUCGUUCCCGUCACCGCCGUCGUCGCUCCCGAAGCACUGGCUCGAAUGGUACUUCCGCGACUGCUGCUGCUGCUGCUGCUGCUGCCAACAGCGGCGUGCCGAUCGAGUAUCGCACGCUCUCCAUCCAAGUCGCUGAGUCCCAGCAGCUGCAGGCUUUGACGGAUGAUAUCGCCGACCUUAAGGGGAAGCAUGCAUCGACCGCAGCCAACAAGAAGGGAGGACUCAAAGGCGACGAGGAUUACUUCGCCAACUUGCAAUUCCACCAACUCACCCCCGACCAAAUCUGCCAACAAUUCAACGUCUCCUCCUCCCAAGGCCUCUCCCCCGACCGCGCGGCUCAACGCCUAGCCCACGACGGCGAGAACACCCUCCCACGCCCAACAACCAACUACGCAAAAAAACUCUUCUGGUACCUCUUCGGUGGCUUCUGCUCCGUGCUCUGGGUCGGCGUCAUCAUCUUCUUCCUCUGCUGGCGGCCCCUUAGCAAUCCACCCUCAGCAACCAUGCUCGCCUUAGCCAUUCUCGUCAUCAUCGUCAUCGUCCUGCAGGCCGGGUUCUCUGCCUUCCAGGACUGGUCCACAGUGCGCACUAUGAGCGCUAUCAUGGACUUGCUCCCUGCUGAGACGGUGGUGCUGCGGGAGGGGCAGAAGAUCCGCAUCCCUGCGACAGAGCUGGUCGGCGGGGACAUUGUCUUUCUUGAGAUGGGGAAUAAGGUGCCGGCGGAUAUGCGGCUGUUGCGGCACUCGGGAGAUCUCCGGUUUGACCGGUCUGUUCUUACGGGAGAGUCAGAUGAGAUCGAGGCUGCGGUGGAUUGCACCGAUCCCAACUUCCUCGAGAGCCGGAACAUCGCCCUGCUAGGCUGUCUCGUAUGCAACGGCAGUGGCGUGGGCGUGGUCGUGCUCACGGGCCCGCGGACUGUCAUGGGCCGGAUUGCGGCAGCGGCUGCUACGGCUGGUGGUACCAAGGGUGAGAAACCGACGCUGAUCCAGCGGGAGAUCACGCGGUUUGUGCGUAUUAUCGUGUGUCUCACGGUGGUGCUGGCGCUGCUGAUUCUCCUCACCUGGGUUGGCUGGCUAAGGGUGCAGCAUCCGGGGUAUAUGGAUGUUGUGGCGAUGUUGAACAAUGUCAUGGGGUGUGUGGUGGCGUUCAUCCCUGAGGGCAUGCCGGUUGCUGUGGCGCUCACGCUGAUGAUGGUUGCGCGGCGGAUGAAGGCUGUUAACAUUCUGCCUAAGGGUCUCAGUACCGUUGAGACGCUAGGGUGUGUCAAUGUGAUCUGCUCCGACAAAACCGGCACGUUGACGAAGAACGAGAUGCGGGUGACUUCGGUGGCUUUGGUUGAUGAGGAGUUGGCGUCGCCAGCAGAGGUUUACCAGAAGUCACGGUUCGUUCAGAGUGCUGCCGCGCUCUACCGCGCUGCCGACCUCUGUCACGCCGCUUCGUUCGAUCCCACCUCGCUGCAUCUCCCUCCUACAGAGCGGACUGUGCAGGGUAAUGCGACUGACGGCGCCGUCCUUCGCUUCGUGGCCGGCGGUAUGCCGGGUAAUGAAGGGGAGAGCGGUAGUGGGAAGAACCAAUACCCGAAGAGGCCCAGCAGCGACUUUGAGAUCCCGUUCAACUCCAAGACCAAGUGGAUGUUGACCAUGUACCGGCGCAACGAAACCGACAACGAGUAUCAGACUUACGUCAAGGGCGCGCCAGAUAUCCUCCUACCCGCGUGCACAACAUUCUGGUCCGGCAAAACCGACUCCAUCCAGCCCCUCGACGCCGCUGCUCGCGCGGCCUUUCAAGCCAUCCAAGACAAGCGGUCUCGCCAUGCGGAACGUGUCAUCGUGCUCUGCGAGAAGACCAUGAAGCCGACAAACCAGCCCGGCACCAACGCGUUCCGUGACGAGGUCGCGGCCAACGCCAUCUCCAACCUCACUGUCGUGGGAAUCCUGGGCAUCAUGGACCCGCCUCGCAUGGAGACGGCCGCGACGAUAUCCGAGUGCCGCCGCGCGGGAGCCCGUUUCUUCAUGGUCACCGGCGACUAUGGGCUCACGGCGGCUGCCAUCGCUUCGCAGAUCGGCAUUCUAACCAGUCCCCACGACCCGGACGGCUUCGAUCAAAUCCGUGAAAAGAGCGUCGAGUCCAUGGACUCGACAGAAUCAGCCGAGCACAAUACCCAGUCCAACCACAGCCUCCUCCUCGAAGGCCCCCAAAUCGCCCGCCUCUCCGACGACGACUGGGACAUUGUCUGCCGGUACCAAGAAAUCGUCUUCGCACGCACAACCCCCGAACAAAAACUCCGCAUCGUCAACGAGCUCCGCGCGCGCGACGACAACGUGGUAGCCGUAACCGGCGACGGCGUCAACGACGCACCCGCCAUGCGCGCAGCCGACGUCGGCAUCGCAGUCGUGACCGGCUCCGAUGUAGCCAUCGAGGCGUCUGACCUAGUCCUCCUCGACCGUUUCGACGAGAUUGUCCAAGCCAUCCGCCUCGGCCGCCUGGUGUUUCAAAACCUGCAAAAGGUCAUCGCUUACCUCCUCCCGGCCGGCUCGUGGUCCGAGAUCUGGCCGGUGCUACUCAACGUCUUUUUCGGCGUACCCCUGCCCUUGUCCUCCUUUCUCAUGAUCAUCAUCUGCGUCUUCACCGACCUGUUCCUAUCCCUCUCCCUGAUCAUGGAAAAAGAAGAAUUCGACCUGCUCUCCCUCCCGCCCCGCAACCACCGCCGCGACCACCUCAUCAACACCCGCAUCUACGCCCAGGCCUACCUCUUCAUCGGCUCUAUGGAAACAGUCACCGCCCACGCCAUGUUCUUCCUCUACAUGUGGCGGUACGCCGGCAUCCCGGCGUCGGCGCUGUUUUUCGCUUUCGAAAAAUACUCCGCUGCUGACGGCUUCUACGGGCACUCGGCCGAGGCGCUGCAGCGGUUCAAUACCACGGGGCAGUGUGUGUAUUUUGUUACACUUGUGAUUCUGCAGUGGGGGAAUAUCCUGUCGGUGCGGAAUCGCCGGUUGAGUAUUGUGCAGGCGGAUCCGCUGUUCCGGCCUGCGAGGCGGAACCCGUGGUUGUUGUUGUCGAUGGCGGUUAGUUUGGCCAUUGCGGUGUUUGUGACGGAGGUGCCGGGGAUUCAGACGUUGUUUGUUACGGCGUCGGUGCCGAUUGAGUUUUGGCUGAUUCCGUUGCCGCUGGCAUUGGGGAUUUUGUGUAUGGAUGAGAUGAGGAAAUUGGCUGUGAGGGUCUUUCCGAAGGGGCCUAUUGCCCGGAUUGCUUGGUGA